AUGGCGGACGAAGCAACAAGAAGUGCAUUUCUAGAGAUUCAAGCCAGCAUGAUUGAGCUCACCGAAAAGUUGAAGCAGGUCGAGAUGGGGCAAGCAGGACCAAGUGGAAGAGGUAGAGGGAGAGGGCGUGGAAGGGGACGUGGACGAAGUACUAAAACAGCAGAAAGAGAGCUUCUUCACCGCGAGAUGGAAAUAGCGCCAACCUCGUUCAACAUCGAGAUAAAGCCGCUUGAAGCCACAGCCUCAGGUGAAAUUAAACCAGAGGAAUAUCCGGCUUGGUCUAUCUCGGAUUUGGGGAAUAUCGAUCCAUUGCAGCUUACGAGUAUGGGUAAGAGGUUAGACGAAGAUGAGGAAGAUUAUGACAAGGAGGAAGCUUAA